AUGGAUGUGACUUGGUUCCUGUGUCUGUGUGUGUUUUUGGCCGUGGGCCUGAUGGCUUUGUUUGCCAUGCAGCUGAAGCGCAAGGUGUUCGCGCACGGCCCCCGGGAGCCCCCACGCCUCCCGGCGCUCCCGCUCAUCGGCAGUCUGCUGAGCUUGCGGAGCCCGCACCCUCCGCAUGUCCUCUUCAAAGAGCUGCAGGGGAAAUACGGGCCGACGUACUCUCUGAUGAUGGGCUCCCACUGUGUCAUCGUCGUCAACCAUCACGCGCACGCCAAGCAGGUCCUGCUGAAGAAGGGAAAGAUAUUUGCAGGAAGACCCAGAACUGUAACCACCGAUGUUCUGACCAGAGAUGGGAAGGACAUCGCUUUUGGAGACUACAGUGCCACGUGGAGAUUCCACAGGAAAAUAGUCCACGGCGCUCUGUGCAUGUUUGGAGAGGGCUCUGCCUCCAUUGAGAAGACCAUCUCCUCAGAGGCCCGGUCUCUGUGCUCCGUCCUGUCCGAGGCGGCGGCGGCCGGCCUGGCCCUGGACCUGUCCCCCGAGCUGACCCGGGCCGUCACCAACGUCAUCUGCUCGCUGUGCUUCAGCUCCUCCUACCGCCGCGGGGACCAGGAGUUCGAGGCCAUGCUGCACUACAGCCAGGGCAUCGUGGACACCGUGGCCAAGGACAGCCUGGUGGACAUCUUCCCCUGCUUACAGAUCUUUCCUAACGCGGACCUGCAGCUCCUAAAGCAGUGUGUUUCAGUCCGAGACAAACUUCUGCAGAAGAAAUAUGACGAACACAAGGCCGACUACAGCGACCACGUGCAGAGGGACCUCCUGGACGCCCUGCUGAGGGCCAAACGCAGCGCCGAGAACAACAACACGGCGGAGGUCAGCGAGGAGUCCGUGGGCCUCAGCGACGACCACCUCCUCAUGACCGUGGGGGACAUCUUCGGAGCCGGGGUGGAGACCACCACCACCGUGCUCAAGUGGGCCAUCGCCUACCUCAUCCACUACCCGCAGGUGCAGGGGCGUAUCCAGGAGGAGCUGGACAGCAAGGUGGGAGGGGACCGCUGCCCCCAGCUCAGUGACCGAGGCAGUCUGCCCUACCUGGAGGCCACCAUCAGGGAGGUGUUACGGAUCCGCCCUGUGGCCCCUCUGCUCAUCCCCCAUGUGGCCCUCAGUGACACCAGCAUCGGGGAUUUCACCGUGAAGAAAGGAACUCGAGUCAUCAUCAACCUGUGGUCUCUGCACCACGAUGAGAAGGAAUGGAAGAACCCGGAGCUCUUUGACCCCGGUCGGUUCCUGAACAGCGACGGCACCGGUGCCAUCAUCCCGUCGUCCAGCUACCUGCCGUUCGGCGCCGGGGUCCGGGUGUGUCUGGGCGAGGCGUUGGCCAAGAUGGAGCUCUUCCUCUUCCUGUCGUGGAUCCUGCAGCAGUUCACCCUCUCCGUGCCGCCGGGCCACCCGCUGCCCAAUCUGGAGGGCAAGUUCGGCGUGGUCCUCCAGCCGGCCAGGUACAAGGUGAACGCCGUGCCGAGGCCGGCGCGCGCCGACAUGCCGCGGUCUUUCCUGGUGAAGAAGCACAGCGCCAGGAGACCUCCAGCCCACGGGAGGCCGAACCCGGAGACAGCAGUGGCCCCCUGCAGCACCCACGAAGACUCCCGGCUACACGAUGACACCCCCCCCCACCGUCGCUUUCCGGCCCCGAGCCCACGGCUGCAGCCGAGCCCGGUCUCCUCCUCCUCCUCCUCCUGUCCUCUUUCUCCCGUGGCAGAUCGCCUGCGUCCUCCGUCGUCUCCACGCGCCUCCCCUCUCUCCUCUCCGGAGGCUCACGGCGGGCGCUCCGCGGACGCCUCCGAACCCGCCGGAUCCCGCACCCGAGAGGACCCGGACCGCCGACGCGUCGCGGGGGACCGCAGGAGGAGAGAGAGCCUCGCCCCUUCGCCCCUCCCUCUCCUCGCCCUCUUUCCGACCGUUCCUUCCGCCGCCGGCCGCCACGAGUGCUUCGAGUGUUUGGGCCGCCGCAAAGGGCACUCGAGCUUCUCGAGCGUGGCCGAGCACGAGCGGCUCCAGUGCGAGUGGAGCGGCAAGAAGUACUUCAGCUGUAAGUACUGCGAGAAGGAGUACGUCAGCCCGGGAGCCCUCAAGAUGCACAUCCGGACACACACUCUGCCGUGUGUGUGUAAGCUCUGCGGCAAGGCGUUCUCCAGACCCUGGCUGCUUCAAGGACACAUACGGACACACACAGGAGAGAAGCCGUUCUCCUGCCUCCACUGCAGCCGAGCGUUCGCCGACCGGUCCAACCUGCGCGCUCACCUCCAGACCCACUCCGAGGUGAAGAAGUACCGGUGUGCGCGCUGCUUCAAGACCUUCUCCAGGAUCUCCCUGCUCGCCAAGCACCAGGAGGCCGGCUGCCCGCCGUCCUGACAGCCGGCUCCACAAAACACUCUUUCUGUCGAGCUUCACGGGUCCAGAACCACAAGACCGUUUGGACCUGGAUCUGAGUCACUUCAGUGGACAAACUUGUACAUGAAUUUACUUUUUUUUGUAAGGAUUCACAAUCACAGAUUUGAGUCGGCACAACAGUCUCAGUGAUGUUAGAAGUUACUGACUAGAACUAGUGCUGAAGUAGCAGUUAGCCCACUGAUAAUCACGUUGAGAUUAUAUCAUCACAUCCAGUGUUAUGUAAUAAAGUUAUUUUUUGUCUCUACAUUAAA